UUAAAUCCGGGUUGACUAAGAAAGUUGAUAACCAAUGUUAUGAAAUCUGUUAACCUUAAAUUACCCGGGUUGGAUUUGUUUGGUUUUGUUAACUCAAAACUUACUCUGCAACUCUGAGUUUGUUCAGCUCGCUUGGUGAAACAGGUCUGCGGUCAGCUGUGUUUGCUUUAUCCCUCUAGGCAUUCCGUACUUCUACGGUCACGUGGUGCAAACAACACAUUCUGCCGCGAAAACUGGCUCUUGUCGUGCGCUCGCUGUACGUGUACUAAUACGAGGUUUUAUAACAAGAAAACAACAGCACAUCAGAGAACAUAUUUAUUUGCUUGUUUUUAGUGGAUAAAUUCGGCAAAGAGCUGCUUAAUAAUGUUUUGCGAAAAGGCAGUUGAACUUGUAAGGGAACUUCACCGGAUGAGUGAUGGCCAGUUACCUGCUUUUAACGAGGAUGGCAUUCGACAAGUGCUUGAAGAAAUGAAAGCUUUAUACGAGCAAAACCAAAGUGAUGUGAAUGAAGCCAAGACUGAGGGCAAAACUGAACUAAUACCAACCAUCAAGUUUCGUCACUGCAGCUUGUUGAGGAACCAGCGCUGUACUGCAGCCUACCUUUAUGACCGGCUCCUGCGAAUCCGUGCUCUCAGAUGGGAGUAUGGAAGUGUGUUGCCCACAACAAUUCGGUUCCACAUGUGUGCAGAGGGCAUGGAUUGGUUUAAUCAGUACAAGAAGUCACUGGCCACAUAUAUGAGGUCACUUGGAGGAGAGGAGGGUCUGGACAUAACACAAGACAUGAAACCCCCUAAGAGCCUGUAUAUUGAGGUGCGCUGCUUGAAGGAUCAUGGGGAGUUUGAAAUCGAUGAUGGAACAGUUAUUCUCUUAAAGAAGAAUAGCCAGCAUUUUCUGCCCCGAUGGAAGUGUGAGCAGCUGAUUCGGCAGGGAGUACUGGAACACGUCAUUUCUUAACAUGACCUUUUUCGCGGGUUUUGAUAGUUAAUAACUAUAAAUUAACAUUUGUGUCUGUCAAUUACAUGAAUUUCAGUAAUUCAAAGAAUUUAUCAAAGCAGUGUCCACUUGUUUUGCUGCAUGAAAUUUUACUGUCAAACUGUACAGUGAUUUCAUGUGUACAUCAUCUAUAUCACACUGCUGCUAUGGCUUAAGCAGGUCCAUUUUUCUUUUUUGAAUAAAUGCUGUGAAGGUGAUGAUACAGUUGAGAAUAAUCAAUAAAAUUACAGCUUUUGCAAAA